GAGUGCACGUGAACAGGUUAGGCGUAGGCGGAAAUGGAGCCAUCGGGUCGGGAAAAGUAAGUGUUUAAAAGCCGUCUGUAGCCGGAACAUAGUUGGUUGCGCGUAAUGCGGAUAGUUCAGGAGAGGGAUUGCUCUGCAGGAUAAAUUUUUGAUGGAGGAAUACAGAUAACCUUGGAGGGAGGAGACUUCGUUUAAGGGAAGCGUAAUCAAGUAAGAAGCAAAACUUUGAGUCCCUCAGCGGUAGAAGCUCAUCGUUAAAACAAUAUUAGGUACCUACUUAUUAUAGUCUUUGUCGCAAGACGGAAGAAGGUUACUUAUAUUUGAGAUAACUUUGUUUGCAAUAAAUUUUGCUCACGAAAGUUAAGCAGAGUCGUAUAGAAGCUGCAGGCAGCCAUUCAACAAGUUAAAUGCUUGCUCGAUCUCUGAGUUUUGGGUGGAAAGGAUGAACUUUGUCCGCGUGUGAGGAAAAUUGAGCAUUGUCUCAUGGAAAUUUUGACAUAAGGGUAUCUUGGACAUAAAAAUUGAAAAGGUAGGGUGAUAGUACUGAACACUGGGGAAGUCCACAGUGAAAUAUUCAAUGGCGGUUGACUGUUCGGGAUGGCGUCCAUUUAAAUAGUUUCUGAGCCAGCGUAGUAAGCAUCUUAGGAGCAGUGUGCCAUCAAUUAUUUCCACGAGUGUUCGAUGACCCACAAUGUCGAAAGUCUUUGAAAGGUCUAGUGUAGCAAGGACAGUGCGUAACAGAGGGCUUUUCUGAUUAAGGCUGUCAGUGACGUAAAUUUCGACGAUUGAAAGUGCAGUGGUAGUGGAAUUAAUUGCCGAAAACAAUCUUGAUGCUUGCUAGAUGUUGAGUGAAAAUGUAGGCCUCUGUGACGUUCACAGCUUCAAUUCUUCAUCUGGUUUGUACAGAGCUUUGAUGUUCAAGUGUUUCAAGGUUUAAGGGAUUGUUUUCAGACAGCGCGUUGUUAAAAACGAAAGGUUUAGUAAUGCGAGGCCAGAGGACCGAAAUUUUUCAAGUGCAUAUUGCAUAGGCUAUCCGGACCGAGUACUCGGGAAGGUUUGUUAUCCCCAAUGAUUAGUUAAAUUUGCAGUGGGGAAACCGUAGUGUUACUUGAUAUAUUGAGUUCGACUAUUUUUCAUCGCGCUGUACAAAGUGGUUUGUCUGAAAUGUGGGUGCUUGCGUUGCUGAACUGUUUGUUGAAAGCGUUAACUAUAUCUAGUGGGAAUAUGGAAUGGUGCAUUACAUUACCCAUUUCCUUUUUAAUCAGUGUAGUCGAAUCGUUUUGUGCAUUCGACUGUCCAUGUAAAUUUAUGAUUUCUAUUGUUACCGAAGAGAUUAUUUCAGGCUAUUCAGAGCGUGUAAGAUUCAAACAGGAUGUCCGUGGGCUUUGGCGAAAUUUAUGACAUUUAUAUCCCCUAUGGAAGCAAGGCCCAAGGUACUAAGGAUAAAUUUGGGUCAGUUGGGGGGGAUUGAAAAUAUCGAAUUGAUUUUUGCAGCCGUUGUUUGAUAAUCAAAAUAAAUAAAUUUUCAUGCUGAGCAUCUAACAUGCUCAUCACUUGUCCAAGGUCAUGUACCCUCCGUUCGUUACCCAAUACCCAUCAGAAGACGAGGAUGAAGGAGAAGGGAGAGGAGAGAGUAAUAAAAAGUUCAUGAGACGAAAGAGUUUUCAUACCUCGUCUCCAAAAGAUGUGUCAGGUGAAGAGGCCAGUUCUCGGUCCUUCUACUUUCAAAGAAGAAACAGUGCACCUUGUGAUCCAAACAAUCCCACAGGCAAUGAUAUCUACAACCCCUUCGCACCAACUCGUCAGAGCAGUCUGAUGGACGAAGACAUCAUGUAUGAAGUACGGAAGUACAUAGACAGGCAUUUGGAUAGAGUGAUUCAGGAGACCCUUCAGCAAAAUCAACAUCAUCAGACGACGAGCAAAAGUCGCAAAAAUUCGAGUGUGAACAAAGCGAGGCGGACCGGAACUGGUUCAAGGUCCAGUAGAGACAAAGAUAGAGGAGGAAGAGACUUGGUGGAAGAUCUGUCUCUUUACUCAAUGGACAAUGGACCUAAUUUGAGACCACAAGUAGAUGUACCCGCUCUAAAUUUGAGGAAUACAUCAAGCGAAGAUUCUGAGGAAAACUGGAAAAACAGAACCUCGCUUACAUCCCAAUGGAACACUAGAUCAUCCAACUCCAACUCAACUCCCCUGCCUAAAAACGAGAGAUCAGAUACGACUAUGAAUACUCUUCACAAAUCAAACCCGGCUCUGUUUUCGCCCAUUUAUGAAUCGAUCUCAAUUGAAACCCAAGACGAACCCUCGGCUACUGCAUCUCCAAAAAUAGCUUUCUUGACUGCGCAGAAAGUGUACUAUGAUCCCCAGUCGCCACCCACAGCUGAUAAACUGAAGUUGCUGAAAGUUAAAGGUGAAGGUCGCGAGCAAAAUGCGACUGCGGAGAUUUUCAAGCGACAGAAGAAACUUUGCAAGACUAUUUGUAAAGUUGUUUCAAGGUCCAAAAGUGCGACACGAUCUCGAGACGUUGAGCCGCCUGUUCAACCACCAGACGAACCGGUGAAGCAGAAACCAGUUAAGAAGCGAACACCGAGGUCAAGUAGCUCAGACGAAGAAAUGAUUCGAGCAGCCAGGAUGUCGGGCGAGAGACUAAAAAUAGCUCAAAAGUUGGCAUCUAAUUUGUACGAGAGUUCGAAAAGUCAAGAUGACACUAGCAAUGGAAAAUGUGACGGCAGGAACAAUAAUUCGAAAAACAGAGGAGUCACUAAAAGCGAUAACAAGAGUAUAAAAAUCCGUAUCUCAGCGUCGGUAGAUGAAAAUCUUUCAACUUUUUCGGUCACCCAAAUGUCAAAACCAACUGAAACCUUGAACGACUAUUCGGAACCCUUUUGCAAGUCCGAAUCAGCUGCACUUAAAGACGGAAACCCCGGUCUUGCGAAAACGCCAGUAUUCGAGCCUGAAAUUACUCCGGAAUCGAACAAAAACCGAACAAGCUUCGAGUCGAUUCUACCUCCAAACCCGCAGACACCUUCGUUCUUAUACGACUUGUCAACUACGACUUCGUUUUCGGAAAACUCAUUUGGUAAUUCUGGAAACGGAACUUUUGAUUCGGCGAAGAAUUUUCAGUCAAGUCCUCUUCAAGCUGCAGACGAGCUUGAAUUGAUGUCUCACUUCGAGAAAUUCUACAUCGAAGAUAUUGCUGAGAAAGUAUCGAGUUUAAAUUACGAGUUGGCGAAACGAAGCGAGACUGUAGACUCUGAAUUUAUUUCGGCUAACGAUGUCGGAAACUAUUAUUCGGAAAUCAAUUCGGAUUUUCCGCUGAAAAACCGAACCGAUUUCGACUCUUUUAUAAACGAGGCUAAAAAGAGUUCAGAUUCGCUCACGAUUGAAAUGAGUCCGAGUACAGAAGAAGUGGAAUAUUUCAUCAACUUCGGGGAACAUGUUUUGUUUCAGCACUUCGAGAUGAACAAAUUCAGAGAAGUUGCAACUUGUGAUUUUAUUCUAGAAAAAGUGCAGUUAUGCGUGUGGCAUCAGCCGUCAAUGUUGUUGACGAAAUUUUCAUCGACUUACGUCACCAAUUUUGACUUCAAUGUUGAAAACACAAAUAGCAAGAGUGCUAAAGGAGAGGAUACAACGUUGAGUGAAAGAAAUGUUGGGCAAUUGCGAACGUCAAUUGAAAAGAAAACAUCAGUGAUUCGUCCUGACAAUUCAAUCAGUCGCACUUUGACCCUUGACCCCUCUGUGCUCUCGACAUGUGGAAGAAUGAUCCCAGAAGUGGACAUUGACUUCGAAUCCUUCUCAGACUCCAGUGGGGACUGCAUGCAGAGAGGCGUGACCAAAUACAACCCUGUGAAAGCCCAGGAGGCCAUACAAAAGUUAUUGGAUGAAUUGCCUCUAGAUUGCAGCACUCCGAAGAGCAAGGCGUCUCUUCUGAAGGAGAUAGACAGUUGUUCAGGCGACCAGGCCAGUGUAAGAUCGAUCUCUUCUGCAGCCGCGCAGAGGUCACCCAAGGUCAUUCAGGUGCAGAACGCCGUCUUUCAGGCGGAGAAGCCAUUGUCCAAUGGCAGUGCGAGUUUUGACUUUGACGUCAAUUCUAACUCGAUUUGCAUGGAAGUGCCUUCGAAGCAGCCUGUCAAUUGUUGUGUAGAUCCUCCCGUGGUGGUCAAGAAAGUUCCUUGUGGCAAAAUAGUUGAAGAGGACAAUGAGAACGAGGAAGAAGAAGUUGAGGAUGGGAAGGAUGAAUGUACCUUUGACAAGACUUACAGUGACGACGACUGGGAUGACUUCCAGUCUUUUGACUCCUCCAGUAGUGACAGUGAAUUCAUAUCCCCACGAUCGCAUCAGAGCUCAAGGAAACCAUCCAUUACCGCAGUUACAACAAACUCAAACACCAAUCUGAACGAUGCAAACGAUAAUAAAGUAGCAAAAACUUACGCAGUGGAACCCGACGCAACUGUAGACACCAAAUCGUUCAAGGAUCAAUUCAACAAAUUACCAAGAAACGAAACAUUUUUAUUCAACAAACAAGAUUCGAAAAUGGACGUUUUAAUUUCAGUCGAAUCGGCUGAUGAACGCAAGACGUUUUCGCUCAAAACCGCUGAAGCAGAUUCAGAAUCGGAACCAACCGAAGACAACAAAAAGUUCGAUUCGUUGAGAUCUUUCGACGGUUCCGAAUCGCAGAAGUCGACCGAAGAUUUGGUUAUAAACCACGACGGCCCGAAACUGUCCCCAGCGUUUAGCAUAAAUGUCACGGAGCCAACUCCCACAACGAUUGUCAAAGUUUCGCCCGCGUCCGCUAAUAAAAUAUCCUCAGCUCCGAAACCAUCCGGAGGGGGUUCCCACCGAGUCAGACAAGAUUCGUUGUCGGAAAUCACGAAGAUCAAAGGUGACUACGAGUGUUUAAAGCAAGCUCUGGAGGGCGUUGUUUCUCAGGAGGCGUCAUUUAAUGCUUCGUUGGACGAAAAAAUAGCAUCAAUGCCCGAAAGAGCCACUCGGAAAAUAACUCCGAAGCGACUGACUAUGUCUGAUUAUAUUGACAGGUUGACGUCUUCCAAUACGAGUGUUGGCUUCAAAGUAGCUGAGCCCCUCUGUGAUUCAUCAGGUGACAAAACUGACAACUCUUUCCAGAGUAAUGCUUUGAAUUUGUUGACCACAGAGGCACUAGAGAGAGCGGCUAUAAAACUGAAGAACUUAAAAGCAGCUGCGAAAACGGAAUCCAAGGUUGCUUCAAUCAAAGCAAAAAUUGAAUCUGCAGCUACUAGUGAACCUAAAAAAGAUUUCAAGGUGACUCAUGUGGCGAGGACAGGAGUGAUUGACAGGUGUUCUAAGAAAGUCCCAAAUGAGCAUGACAAUUGGCACAGGGAGCUGCGAGAGGAUCGAUCUCAAGAUAGAUUGCCACUAUUUUCUUUCGUAAUUGAUCGGCGAAGAUUUAGAUUUUGAAUC